AUGGAUAAGCCCACCAAGAUGCCUUCGAAGACUCCUCUUUUCCAGGUCUACCUGCGGCUGCGUCCACCCGUACAAGCCCAAUUGGCGAAACAGAAAACUGACCCGUGGCUCAUUGUCAAACCCGCCGACGCUCCUGCAGAGGACGAUACUAAGGUGUUCCCUUCGCAGGUUAUUGUGCAACCUCCGAGAGAUUCCAAUAGACGCUGGAUAGGGGAGUACACCUUCAUCAAGGUCUUCGAAGAGGAGGCUUCACAAUUAGACGUGUUUGAAGGGACAGGAACCGUGGACAUACUCAGAAGUGUUUUGAAGACCGGUCAAGAUGGACUUGUCACGGCGCUCGGGUUUACAGGGAGUGGAAAGACCCAUACCAUGCUCGGGUCGAAAUCACAACGAGGCUUGUUGCAGAUGAUGCUUGAUCUGUUGUUUACAUCAAUCGGUGACAGUAUCAGGCGGACAGACUCAUCUCUUGUAACAGCCCUGACGGAUUCAGACGUCUCAGAGUCCGAGAUCCUAUCGGCAACCACCUUCUUUGAUCUAGCCAAUACUGAUGGUGAUCGGGGAGGGACUUCAAGCGUAAAACGAAAUCUUUCGAGAGCGCAAACACCUAUCAUGGUAGGUACCCAUAGAGAUUCCCGUGUCGUUCCAGAGCCGUCAUCGAUGCGGCAGAUCAUAUUUCCGCGGCGACCUGAUGUUUCUCCAUACUUGAUCGAAAUUGAACCAACCGACGAAUACGUGGUACUUGUGUCAAUGUAUGAGGUGUAUAAGAAUGACAUUUACGACCUCCUCUCCUCCUCCGCAUCUUCGAGAGUGGGACAACAACCGGAGACUUCGAAGUUGCUAUUCAAGAACACCCAUGGGUCACGUCAUCGAAAGGUAGUGACUGGCCUCCGGAAAAUUGUAUGUGGCAGCUAUGACGAAGCCAUGCGAGUCAUCACGAGGGGCCAGAAGAACAGACACACGGCGCCCACGGUCAGCAACAACGACAGUUCAAGAAGCCAUGCAUUCUUUUGCAUUGAAGUGAGGAAGAAAACCGCAGUUACGGGGUAUACUGAUACCGCGACGCAGGCCUGGACAGGUGGCACGUUGACAGUCAUUGACCUCGCAGGAGCAGAGCGAGCGGUCCAGGCCCAAACAUGGGGACUUCGCCUCGAGGAAGCUGCAUCUAUCAACCAGGAUUUGUCGACGUUACGCGGGAUCUUAAAAGAGCAGAAGAACGGCAAACCGGGUGCCAACUUCAAAGGACGCAAGUUGACCGAGCUCUUGUUUGCCAACUCAUUUCCUUCAUCCUCCGGCCAUACAGCCACCUAUCGACCUCAGAAGGCUGUUUUGAUUGUAACAGCUGACCCUUCUGGAGACUUCAACGCGACCAGUAACAUAUUGGAAUACUCAUCCCUGGCUCGAGAUUUCAAGAUCGUGAGAGUGGCGAGCGCAACUAACACAAUGCUUCGCACGGCGAGCGGAGGCACGGGAGCAAAGUGUGGUCGCACGACGCCUCAAAAUAUUAAGAAUGGUCAUUCGACCGCUCAAGAGCUAGAACAAGCUAUCAAUGAGGCGACUCGGGUGGCGGAGGAAAAUUUCGCCUUGGAGUUUCGCCUUGCCGAAGAGGAGAUCAGGAGAAGUGAAGCCGAGGCCAUUGCAGAGGCAGCAGAAGAACGGCUGAUGUUGGUGGAACAACAAGUGCGAGAAGACUGCUGGGUAGAAAUGGAACAGCAUCUCGAACAGGAGAAGGAGAGAUGGAGAAACGCUUGGGAGCAAGAGAAGACACAAAACGAGGCAUUCAUGGAUGGCAAGUUGGGAAUCCUGGAGAAGACUAAGCCAUUCAAGAUUCAUGAAGAUGGGGCUGAAGCCAGGGUCGAAGAGCUUGAACGAGAGAACGAGUCGCUCAGAGCAAAACUCCGGGCUCUGGAGCAAGAAUUACAGACGAGAAGUCCGACCAAAAAGUCGCGCACAGCUCUGAAAUCCCCCGUCAAGGGGAUGGUCCUGCAGGAGACGCCCAACGUCAAUAUUGCGACAAACCCGUUUCUAGCCUCGCUAAGGGUACGCGAUAGUGAUGAGACCAUCAAGGCGGAAUUCAGUGAGGGUGAUUUGCAUGGAGCAUCUGAGAUUUCUCCCAGGAAACAGUCACUGAGAAGUUCCAACGUGUUUCACGCAACGGUUGAGGAACAGCCACCUGCCACGGGCAAGAAACAACGCAAAUUGACGACGAGAAAGUGGGAUUUGGGCGAUGCCAACAGAUUUUGA